AUGGCCUCCUUCUCUGAGCACGCCUGCAUCUACUCCGCCCUCAUCCUCCACAAAGAUGAGGUGAUGUUCACGGAGGAUAAGAUCAAUGCCCUCAUUAAAGCAGCUGGUGUCAAUGUUGAACCUUUCUGGCCUGGCUUGUUUGCAAAGGCCCUGGCCAAUAUCAACACUGGGAUCCUUAUCUGCUGUGUAGGGGCUGGUGGGCCUGCUCCAGCAGCUGGAGCCGCACCAGCAGGCAGCCCUGCCCCCUCCACCGCUGCUGCCCCAGCUAAGGAGCAGAAAGUGGAAGCAAAGAAGGAAGAAUCUGAGGAGACUGAUGCCGACAUGGGCUUUGGUUUUUUUGACUAA